CUGAAAAAACGUGUUCGACACAUCAAACCGAGGAUCGUUUUAACUGUUUCCUAUAAAAACUCCGGUCCACGAACCGGAGUCAACAGUUUCCCUCCGUUUAGUUUCCUCACCUGGUUAGAAGCUGCGAAUCUGAUCGACGAUGGACUUUCGACUAAUAGCCACCUUUUUCUUCGCGCUCAUGAGCCUGGCCAUGUUCGUCUCUGCCGCACCAGAGCCCAACCCUGAUCCUCGCGGCUGGGGCGGUGGCCGUGGCGGCUACGGUGGCGGCUACGGUGGCGGUUACGGCGGUGGUUACGGUGGACACCGCGGUGGAUACGGUGGACAUCACGGUGGAUACGGUGGACAUCACGGUGGAUACGGUGGUCAUCGCGGUGGAUACGGUGGUCAUCACGGAGGCGGAUGGAGAGGCUAGGAGCUCGUCAACCCGAAAACCUUCACCGAGAACCUCCGCGGAGAGCUUUGGCGUGCCCGUUCUCCGAAUACCUCGUUUGCUGAUAAAUUCUGGACUGAACAAAGUGAUCUACGAGUAAAGAGCGUAUUUUUAACCUCAGAAACUGAAGUACUUAAAAAUCAACGUAUCAUUCCGAGAAUGUGUACAUAAGGAAGACUUAUUAUUUGUGCUGUGAUAUUGUUGAACGACAGACGCUGGAGUGCACAUUUUUCGAUUUCAAAUGAUAAUGGUGCUAUCUAUCCUCUGGAUUUGGAAUUGAUCAAAGAAUUAAUUUAUUUCCUUCAUUGUAAUAUACUGCGACUUCUCCAAUUAGUAAUUUAUUUCAUAAAUUUUUAUAAAAAAUAAAUUUUGGUAAUAAGUUAA